GCGGAGCGGGCUGGUCUGGGGAUUCCCUCCCCGCGCCGCCGAGGUCGCCAUCUUCGCCCCCGAGCUCGCCUCGCCCGCUGCCGGCCGGGCUCGCCGGGAGCCUGCGCCGCGCCUGCCCGCUGCAUGUGACCGGCGGGCGGUAGCGGCCUCCUCCGCGGAUCUCGGCUGCGUCCUCCUCCGCCCCCGGCGCGGCGGGGAGGGGGCGCGGGGCGCCCGGCAGCGGGAGACGGAGGUGCCGGGGCGCGGCGAGCACACAAAGGAGCGGGCGCCGCCGUGGGCAGCGGAGAACGCUCCAGGAGAGCGUGAGGCCCUGUGACAUUUACCUGAAGCUGGAUAUGCAUUAAACUGCAAUCUUGAGAACAGUGUUUGAAGUGAAGAAAAUACAUUCUGAGAAUUGGGGAUAUCUUCACUGAAGAACUUGCUGCUUAAAGAAAGUAACAGAAGUUGGGAAAUUCAGAUGUCGUACCCUGAAAUGUUGGUGGACUGUUCAAAUAUUGCGUGUGCAUCUUGAUGUCACCAUAGAGAAAACCACACAACUUCAAAAUCUCAAGUUCAUGUAACGCUAGGGACCAAAGAAGCACACGUAAUACUACUCUGGUGUGGGGAUCAACCUUCUGGAAGAAGACACUGAAAUAACUUUUUGCCUUCAAGUUCUUUGUACUGGGACUGACUUGUCUUGGGAGAAGAACUCAAGAGAAAAGAUUUUCACAUUGGAGCCAUUAAAAAUAAACCUGUUCAGAGAACUUACUACCUGCAGACAGACUUACAAAGAUUGAGUCCUGCUUUUCAUCCGUGUUCCCACUUCAGACUGUAAACAAUGAGUGAGUUUUGGUUGUGUUUCAACUGCUGUAUUGCAGAACAGCCACAGCCUAAAAGACGACGGCGGAUUGAUCGAAGCAUGAUUGGGGAGCCGACAAACUUCGUUCACACUGCUCAUGUAGGAUCUGGAGACCUAUUCAGUGGAAUGAAUUCGGUCAGCUCAAUUCAGAAUCAGAUGCAAUCCAAGGGAGGCUAUGGAGGUGGCAUAUCUGCAAAUGUUCAAAUGCAACUCGUGGAUACAAAGGCAGGAUAACCUUGGGGAUAAUUUACCUGUUUAUGUGAAUUCCUGUAUCUUCUUUCCUUUUGCCUUGGUGACUGCUUUCUGUGCUCAUGACAAGAGAAGUGAUGGCUCAUUGUUCACCCUUCGUGAUUAGUCCAGUGAAAAGUUGCCGUUCUGCUCUGAUGAUGCCAUUUAUCAGAUUGGUCCAACUGUGCCUUUCAGUGGCAUGCACGCAUUGGCCUCUACCAGUAUCAUGGACGUAGAGCUGUUAAGGAUUGGUUGUCACUUUUUAGUUGUUUUAAGGCAAAUUAAAGCACCAACCCUUGCUUUCCUCAUUCCCCAGAAAUACUAAUGCACAACAUUCUGUUGCUUUUUAGUAUUUUAAUCUUUUCUGCAUUCAAGUAGUUUAGAAAUGAAUGAGUUUCCCCUAAUAUCUUCAGUCAUCUAAUGUUCACCCAAUUUUUGAAAGGUCUGAGACCUGCAAGCACAAAUAUUUCAUACGAAAUCAACAGAGUAGAUGACCGCAUGCUUUGUGAGGUUGCUUUUUAUGGUGGCCUGCUUGGUGCUAAAAGAAAAAAAAAAAUUGCUUACUGCAGAUCUGAAAAAUUUUGCUGUGACACCAAGUCAUGCCUGUUCCUGAAAAAGGACUCAUAACUUAGCUGCUUCCGAGUUAUGUCUUUAUUUUAGAUUUUACCCAAUUGGUCUUGAAAUAAUAAAGAGAGAGCUUGCAUUCAUGAGGCAUUUGUUGUAAAUGUUCAGUAUAUUUAUUUUGAAAGAGCUGACCUUGAGACUGUAAACCAGUGUAGUACCGUAUCUAAGUGUUGUGGAAUCGCUAUAGUCUAUUUAAAACAGAAGAACAACAUGUUUGGCUGCUUCUUUUUCUUUCUACAAUUUUUCUUAAUUUCAACCUGUGCAGUCAUUUCCAGUAGCAGCAUGUCAGACUGCCUGCAAUUUUGGCUGAAGAGUUUAGCAGACCUUUCUAAGUAGUUGGCAGUUUCUGUGUACUAAAUAUUUAGGGGCCAUGGAAGUUGCUAAGAGCGACAUACUAAUCUGGCAGAACAGGUGCCAAUGAGAACAACAUACAGGGUGACUUUUUACUAAGUCAGUAAAAUGCCUUUUGCUCAGGUUCCAAAGCAUGUUUCUUUCACAUGUUGUGAAACUGCAUUUUAAUAUUGCACUGUUUUCAGAUUAUCUCUAUAAAUGGUCCCUUUUUUUGCUUCUUGCUGGUGGUUUUAGAGAAGUCAAUUAUUUGAGGCCUAGUUACAUGAAAUUUUUAUGGGGGAGAAACACCCAAACCAUCCAAUAAGGCAUAUCUGAGCCUAAUCAAAUCCAUUUUGAUAUGCAAAUAUGCAUGUAGACUGUUGUCAUAAAUGACUCUUUAUUCUAUUUCUAUCCUUUCCCUGAUUUCACAUUGCAGCAGCUGUCUGGUUGAUUUAAAUAUGUAUGAACCUACUUAAUCUUCUCUCUCUGUUUGUAAACAACACAUAAAAUACACAGCCAUGGAGGUAGUUUGCCUUCCCUAGGUUAUAUUUCAGUGGUAGAUGUGACUUAUCUGGUUGAAUAGUUCAAAUUAGGUUGGUUAGUAUUCACUGAUAAAGAUACUGAUUCCUGAUGAAAUGUUCAAUUGUCUGGAUGCAUAAACACAUGGCAGUGCAGUGAUACAUAUAUUUUUUUUAGGGAUUAGUAUUUCCAAUGCCACUUUAACAAUGACUCUUAAAUAUACUACAAAACUAUUACAAAAUUAUUUGAUCUUUGUUAUUGGUAAUAGCUUAAAUUUGCUUGCCAAACCUUGCACUUGCCAAAAUGUUUUCAGCUCAAUAGCCAGGAAAAAAAAUUGACAUAUUUUUAUAACAGACAUACUUUUUUUGUACAUUGUGUUCAUUCUUGAAUGAAGUCAGUUCAGUGUUGGCUUGUAGAUAUUAAAAGGAAAGUAUUGACUUUGAUUCAAUAAAUGUUUUCUUUCA